CUUCUCUCCAUACGAUAUCUGUCGCCUUUUGAUCGAAAGUAGACAUUUUAUUCAGAACGCAAUUGAAAUGAAUAUUCUUCGUGUAACAUGCAUCGCAUAGUUACCUACUUCUAAUUGUUAAUUUAAAAGUAGUUUUACGCUUUUACUCAUUUGACCAGAGUCUUUGAUACGUUCACUUCUCUGGUUUAUUAGCAAAGCCUUUGAUGCGAUUCACCCUUUGCUGCAAAGCACUCACUGCACUAGAUUAUUAGACAUUAUAUUAUGGGUGUCACAGGAUAUUACAUUAAUUCCGUUGAUGGCUUACCAUUUGUAAAGGGCCUUCGGUCGGACUCAAGCGUGGGGGGCAGUAAGAUGCCAACGGAACUCCCAAAAUAUCCAACUGAAUCUACCAUCAUAUUUUUCGCUUCGAAAAAUGAAACUUUCCGACCUGGAGAUAACUACAAAACUUUUUACAAAAAACUUAAGAGCCGAGUUCACAAAAUUGUUCAAUUAAAGGAAGAGCUCACAGAGGACAUGGUAGCCUACUGCAAAAUGGUGAUAAUCGCUGGGAUCAACGCUCCACUUGGAGAUCACGAAGUCCAGAUUUUGAAGCACUAUGUAGAAAACCAAGGAGGAUCUGUUUUUGUAUUAGCCGAGGCCAGUGCUACCACUCAUUACUACAAUGCACUCACACAAAAUUUUGGUAUCACAGUUGUGAAAGAUUGUGUGGUCCGUACCGUGUAUUACAAAUACGGUUACCCAAAAGAAUGCCUCAUUCAGAGUUCCAUGAUUUGUCCCGUUCUUUUGGAAGCGAUGAUGGGGGGCGAGGAAGAAAAUCUCACCAUUCUCUUUCCCAAUGGAUGUUCUCUUAACGUCUCAAAACCAGGCUUGCCAAUUAUCAGUAGCGGAGCAACAUCAUACCCCGUGAACAGACCAGUGGGUGCCAUUUAUUAUUCGCCAGCGUCCAGAGGAAAACUGAUCGUGUUUGGGGGUGGGCAUGCGUUCAGUGAAAAGUAUAUUGACAAGGAAGAGAAUCUCAAACUUUUAGAGUUUUGUCUCACCACCUUGUUCAAUACUGAUCAUUUGCCAUUGGAUGCGUCAGACAUUGACGAUUCUGAGCUCACAGAGUACAACUUGAUCCCUGACACAGUUCAAGGGGCACAAAAAGUCAGAGUGUGUCUACAAGAAAGCGACGAUUUUAUAAUGCCUGGAAGUGCGAAUCAUUUGGGAGUGAUUGAACCAAAUCGUCUCAUAGAUCACAAAUUGUUCUCCUUAAACUCCAACCUGCUACCUGAAGUGUUGCAAGCCUAUGACGAGCUGGGUGUGAAGAAAGGUCAAUUGAAACUGAUACAACCUCAAUUUGAAACUCCUCUUCCACCACUUAAAGUUGCGGUUUUUCCUCCGUCAUUUCGUGAGUUGCCUCCACCCCCACUAGAACUUUUUGAUUUGGACGAAGAAUUUGCGUCAGAAAAGAUUCGACUGGCUCAGCUCACCAAUAAAUGUGGCGACGAGGACCUGGCUUUCUACAUCCAAUCUGCAGGAUCAGUGCUAAAUGUUGUAGUCGGAGAUGAACAGAAAAAUAAUCCAAAGGCAAUUCUUCAUUCAAUUUUAUCACACUUGGUAGAGUUUAAGAGGUCAGAUAAUAACAUUGGUUUUGACAAUGCAUCUACACCUCCACUGGGCUCGGAAGGGUCGCGAGCCCUUCAUCUAGAGUUUUAAACACUCAUCACAGAAAAUAAUGGCUAUAAGUGAUUUAAUUAAUUUCACAGUUUGAAUUGAUGAAAUAAAGAUUGCUAAUUACAUA